AUGAUCUGGAAGGCUUCGCUGCUGCUAGCAUUGACGUGCGCAGUCACCACUUCGGCUCUGCCUUCUCCACCUUCGGAUAAUGAAAACCACAUCAGGUCACAUAAAUCGCUAGCAGAAUGGCGCAAGAGUCCCCUAGGACCAGCUCUUAAGUUGAUUGAAGAAUGUCCUGAGGGCCACUGGUUCUGUAAGGAACUCAUUGUCGAUAUCGAAGAGGUUGUUACCGACACCAAAACGGUGAUCCCUGUCCCUGCCACCGUUAAAGUCACCCAUACCAUCACCAAUCAUCCUUGGCAAAUAACAAAGACAAGCAUUAAGCACCUCACUUCUACAAUCGUGGAAGAACCGACCCGCACAACAACCCUGCAUGCUACUUCGACUCUAAGUCAUACGGUUCAUGUCACGGCCACAGAUCUUACCACCCUGACGAGCACCGACAUUUCCACUGUGUUUCUCACUGCUCCCGAAUAUGAAACUAUCACAAAGCCAGUGACAAGCUUCGUCACAGAUACUGUUACUGAAGUACUCACCGAUUAUGCUGCUGCCACAAUCACCGAGUCUGUUACCGACACUGCCACCGACAUAUACACCAAUACCAUCACCGAAUACGCAACAGACUUCACCACUGUCUAUAUCACUAACCUCGCCACUGACUACAUCACCAACGUCCAUACCAAUCUUGCGACUGCCACUGUCACCAACUAUCAUACCGAGACUUUGACUCUUUCCUUUACCGAUACCACUAUAGCGACAGCCACCGAGACUCUCUCGGCUACCACCACCCAGGAGGUAUAUGAUACUACGACCGACACGCAAUCUGUGACUAUUCCCCAAACCGACUUUGAAACGUCCACCAGCACGAUUCCCGCUACUGUGACCGACUAUACAACUGCCACUAUCACUACAAUCGAGACAGAUGGUGUUACAGUAACUACAACUGCCGUUGUUACUGUUGCAGCAGCCAAGCGAGACCUACAAGAUCGGCAUGUUGAGCUAUUAUACACUCCUCCCGCUCUAAGAGGACUUCACCAUACUCGUUUAUCAAGUGCUUGUUCUGUCCUAAUUGUGGAUGAGUGGAGGUCAACAGUAUACACCACAAAGACAAUUGCUCGGCCCACGGUCACUAAGACCAUUACUACCCACACUUUGGCACCGGCUCAGACUGUCUAUGUCACUAAGCUUACGACGGAUUAUGUUACCAAGAAAGGCCCAAGCGUGUUGACUACAGUAAAGACGGCCACGGUUACAGCUGAUAUCACGAAGACAACGACUAUUGAAGCAACAUCCACCACCACCUCACUGUCUACCACCACUAUCACUGACCUUAGUACUGUCACUGUGACAGAGGACAAUGUUAUCACCAACACCGAUAUUGCUACUAUCACCGUGACGAGCGACGUGACAACCUCGACUACAUUGGAUGUUACAGCCCACAACACCGCCUUUGUCACCGACAAUGUCUAUAUCUACGCAACCUCCACCGCUACAGUUGACAUCACAACGGGGCAAACGGAUACUGAGACUAUCGACAUCACCAUUAGCGACACGACCACUCAAACAACUGAUGUCACGUCCACUGAGACAGCGUCCGUGACAACCACCGAGUCCUCCACAACAACUAUCGACGUGACAGAAGUAGCAACAAUAACCUCAACGUCUUCAAUCACCGUGACCGCCACUGCGCCUGUCACUAUCCAAACUACCAUUGCAACUAUUGUCGACGUCACUAGCACCGCAUUCACCACAUCGACCGUCGAUGUGACCAUCACUCAAACGGUCUCAUCGACCACAACGACGACCAUUACUUCGACAGCCACCAACUCUCCUACCUGCGGAGUCCAGCUCGUUUCAAACUCUGAUUUUGAGACAGGAACCCUCUCUCCCUGGGUAUUCUCCUCCAGUGGUACUGGACUAUAUAGUCUCACUACCGGGGAUUCCUCCGAUUAUUCAGUUGUACUCUACACCACUUCCGUUGCAAGCACAGCGGUGAUUGCACAGUCAGUUGCCACCGUCACCGGAGACACCUACACCUUUUCAUUCAAUUAUAAGGUAUAUGGCGGAAAUACCGCAUCCUACCUCAAGUGUGGUUUUGAUAACAGCGCUUCAACGAGCUACAAUAUCAUUAUUGGAUCCAGUGUGAAAGGUGUUUGGCUUACCUACACGGGUAGUAUGGUAGCAUCUUCGUCGACUACCACGAUGACUUGUAAGCUAACCACCUCCCUCGUGGCAACUGUUUAUCUUGACAAUAUUUCGCUUGAAUUUCCGUGUUGA